AAAGAAGCGCAGGGUCAAUAGCAAGGAUACAAUUAGGAUCUUCCUAUUGCCAAUUAAUCAGCUACCCGAAGAACCUGUGAUUGAGCACACCCGACAUACCUAUCGUCCCGACCGAAUUAUAGGCGCCGCGAAAUCGAUCGCCGUCAGCUGCAGCAUCCUUUGGUCCUUGCUCGCCGCCUUCACAUAUAAAAGCCACCGGAGCGAGAGCUUUUCCGGUCGUCGGUCCGGGCAAGGCCAGCACACCACCCAACUUACCACAAAAGUCCUCUCUGCUUCUACGUCUCUUCUUGCCUUUUCUCUUCGUGCCAAGUGAAACUAUAGCUGUUGGAUGCGAGUGAGAGAGUGUGUCCGCCAUGGUUCUCAUCGACGACCAGGAUGAGUACGCCAAGCUCGUUCGGGGGAUGAACCCGCCGAGGGUCGAGAUCGACAACGAGAUCUCCAAAAUUGGCACUUUCAUCCAGGUGGACAGCGUCAACACCCACGGCACGCUCCUCGCCCUGGUCCAGGUCAUCACCGACCUCAACCUCGUCGUCCGCAAGGCCUACUUCACCGCCGACGGCGACUGGUUCAUGGACGUGUUCUAUGUCACUGACCGGGACGGGGAAAAGGUCACUGACGAGGCAACUCUCAAUUACAUCCAGACGACGCUGGAGUCAGACGAUUGCUACUACACCGAGGCGCGCGACAACAGCGCGGAUAUAGUCCCAUCGGAAUCGGAGGAGGAUUCCCAUCAGUACAGCUCCAUCGAGCUCACGGGCACGGACCGCCCGGGCCUUCUCUCCGAGGUGUGCGCCGUGCUGUCCGACGUGCGCUGCGCCGUGGUGAGCGCGGACCUCUGGACCUGCAACACGCGCGUGGCGGCCGUGGUGCAGGUCGCGGACGCGGCCACGGGCGUCGCCAUCUCGGCAGACCCCGCCCGCGUGGCCGAGAUCAGCCGCCGGCUCGCCCACCUCCUGCGCAGCCGCAGCUGGUGCCACGCCACCGUGGCGGCCUCCGUGGCCGAGGAGCCGUCCCUCGUGGCGAUGCACAAGGAGCGGCGCCUCCACCAGCUGAUGGCCGCCGACCCGGAAUCCGGCGUCAUCGAAGGCGACGGCGCGUACCUGCAGCCGGCGCCGGGGACGACGCCUGCCACGGUGGUCGAGGUCACGGACUGCGCCCAGCGCGGGUACACGUUCGUGGUGGUGCGUUGCCGGGACGUGCCGAAGCUGCUGUUCGACACGGUGUGCACCAUCACGGACGCGCAGUACGUGGUGUACCACGGCAACGUGAGCACGGAGCCCGACGGGGUCACCGCGUACCAGGAGUACUACGUCCGGAACAAGGCCGGGUUAGCCGCGACGGAGCCCGAGCGCCUGCUGUUAAAAAGGCAGUUGGAGGCCGCGGUUGAACGGCGGUUUGCGGAUGGGAUCGAGCUCGAGGUCCGCUCCGGGGACAGGGCCGGGCUGCUGUCGGAUGUCACCAGGAUUAUCCGGGAGAACGGGCUCACGAUCCUGCGGGCCGGGGUCAAGUCCCAGGGCGGGGAGGCUGUGGACACUUUCUAUGUGUCGGACCCCAUGGGGCUCGACUACCCCGUGGAGCCCCGGACCAUCGACACCAUCCGCGCCCAGAUCGGGGAGGCCACGCUGCGGGUCAAGAAGAACCCCUUCGCCGACGCCGACCAGCAGCAGCAGCAGCACGACGCCGCGGCAUCCGUCGUCGGCGCCAUCGCAUUCAUCCUCGGCAGCGUCUACAAGUUCUACCGCCCCUUCCAGAGCCUCGCCCUCGUCAAGCUCUACUAGCUUAUGCGCGACAGAGAUCAUCUGAUGGAUGGAGAGACACCGGUGGUGAUGCAGAAUUUGGUGUUAAUUUGUUGGAUUUGAUUCGUUGGAUCGAGUAGGCGAUGCCGAAUUUGGUGUCAAUUUGUUGGAUUCUAGUAUUGUCUUGUAAUGUCCAGUCCAGUCGGUCGUGUCGUGUCGGAAGACAAUGGUGAUGAUGAACAUCGAGUCUGGGUCGUUGUAGACAGGGUAGUGUACAAGCUAGCUCAGGAGAGAAAUGGUAUGGUAGCUCAGCGCAGAUAGGAUAGCUUCAUAGCAACUAGCUCUAGUUGGGUAUACUAGAAAUUGGGGUAUGCUAGCUUAGUAUGUUCUCUGUUGAUUAGUCGUCUUGAGUACAUUCUCUCGGGGGAAACAAUGCAUGGAGAAAACUUGUGUCUACAUCGAUCGUGUAUUCCUGUGUCUUAUUCUUCUGAAUUUCGCAAA